AUGCUGGGCUGGGUGGACGUGGCGGUGGUGGUGCUCUACCUGGUGCUGGUGCUGGCCAUCGGCCUCGGUGCGCGCUUCUUCCCCGGCAGCAGCAGCAGCAGCAGUAAAGGGGGUGGCAAGGACGUAGCGGAGUAUUUCCUGGCCGGACGGAACGUGGCAUGGUGGGCGGUCGGCAUGUCCCUCUUCUCCUCCAACAUCGGCAGCGAGCACUUCGUUGGCUUGGCCGGUUCGGGAGCCGCGAGCGGCCUGGCCGUGGCCCACUUCGAGUACGUCUAUGACUCUCCCCAUCAUGGUCCGGUCGGAUCGCUCACACCAGUAAACCUGCGCAGGAUCAACUCCGCGGUGUUCGUGUUGCUGCUGGGAUGGCUGUUCGUACCGUACUAUCUGAGCAGCAAAGUGUUCACCAUGCCCGAGUAUCUUGAGAAGCGGUUCAACAAGUACUGCCGGAGCUGGCUGGCCGCGGUGUGCAUGGUGGAGUACGUCAUCGCCAAGAUAUCGGUGUCCCUCUACGCCGGAGCUAUAAUCUUCAAGGUCGUGCUGGGCGUCUCCAGCCAGUGGGUGAGCGCGGUCUGCAUCCUUGUGGCCACCGCUCUCUACACCGUUAUCGGUGGCCUGCGCGCCGUCAUGUACACCGAGGUACUGCAGACGGUGAUCUUGGUCGCCGGAGCCGCGAUCUUGCUGGUGAUAGGCAUGGUCAACGUGGGCGGACUUCCCGGCUUGCGGCAAGAGCUGCCCGAUUACUACUUUCACAUGUUUCGCGGCGCAGACGACCCCAACUUCCCGUGGACGGGCAUUCUGCUGGGCUAUCCCAUCAAUGCCAUGUGGUACUGGUGUACCGACCAGGUGAUUGUGCAACGAGUGCUCGCCGCAGACAACAUUGAAAGCGCGCGCAGUGGAACUAUCCUCGCCGGAUAUCUUAAGCUGUUGCCACUGUUCAUGCUGGUGAUGCCCGGCAUGAUCGCACGCGUCCUCUUCCCUCAGGAGAUGGCCGAAGACAGCAACACGGCCUACCCGCUGCUCGUGGUCAAGCUGAUGCCUGUCGGUCUUGCCGGCCUCGUGGUGGCGGCCAUGCUAGCGGCGCUGAUGUCCUCAUUCGCCUCCCUGUUCAACAGCUGCUCCACCAUCUUCAUGAACGACGUCUACAGAAAAUAUAGACCACAGUCUUCUGACAAGGAGCUGGUGGUUGCGGGCCGCGUGGCCACGCUGGCCAUCAUGUGCUGCGGACUGCUGUGGAUUCCGGUGGUGCCGCAUCUGAGCAAGCAGCUCUACGUCUACCUGCAGUCCGUGCAGGGAUGCCUCUCCCCGCCGAUCGUCGUUGUCUUCGUCUUUGGCAUCUUCUCCACCUUCACCAACGGGCAAGGGGCCUUCGCCUGUCUGGUGUUUGGGCACGUGCUGGGCGUGCUGCGUCUGGGCUUGCGGUUGUGGUUCGGCACGGUCGAUCCCGGAGACUCGAACUGGAUCAUGCGACUCGUGGUCUACUCGCACUUCCUGCACUUCAUCUUUUUCACCUUCGCCUGCUGUGUGGCCGUCAUAUUCGGGGUGAGCUGGUUCACGCGCAAGGCGGGUGACGCGCUGACGAAGGAACAGACGAAGCUGGUGUGGAACAAAGAUAAGGAAGAGGACAUCGUUAUCGAGGAGGAGAACGAGCAGUGGGAGGAGAAGCUGGCGGAGGAGGAACGACGCCCUCUCGUGGCCACCACAGACGCCGCACAGGCCAAGAUCGGAGGCGGUCAGUGGCAGCGAUGGUUCCGCGAGCACCGACGAGAGGUCAAGGUUGGCUUGUCCGUGCUGCUUGUCGUGUGCGUCUACUCGGUCGAGUUUAUCUUCCGAUAG